GGUUUGGAGUUUCAGUUUCUUUUCUCCGCAGCCAGAAAGGGAGGGGCUGCUGGUUGGCCGACUAAACCCAGCGCGCCUGACUUUUCUUCACCGCUUCUGCCUGGAGGAACGAUCUCACCUUCCGGGCCGGAGGUGAGGGUCCAAAGAUUCUGUCUAGUCAGAGUGAAAAUUGUGUGCUUUCAACCAUCCUAUUAUCUACCUUGAAGGAUACUUAGAGGCUGUGUUGUCCUUCGUUGCCUGGAGAACUGACUCACCAUUGUUUUAGAAUCUGCCUAGCCAUUCACCAGUCCUAAAGAAAGAAGAGCCUCAGAGAUCAGGACCAGAAAAGAUACAGGGGCAACAUAAUGGCCUCAAGAGGUCCAACGGAGAUACAGGAAGAGGCCACUUGCCUUGUCUGCAAAGGGCUUUUGACAGAAGCCCUGAUUCUAGGCUGUGGCCACCAUGUAUGCCAAGCCUGCCUCACCAGGAACAAGAAUGCAGUGAUCAACCCCAGACGGAAAAGCAGCUGUCCUGUGUGUGGUACUAGAUUCUCACUGGAAAGUCUACAGGCUGGUACUCAUCUGGCAGAUGUAGUAGAGAGACUCAGGGAAGUUAAGUUGAACCCUGACAUUAGGAAAAAGAGAGAUCUCUGUGUACACCAUGGAGAGAAGCUCCUUCUCUUCUGUAAGGAGGACAAGAAGGCCAUCUGCUGGGUUUGUGAGCGUACUCAGGAGCAUCGUGGUCACCACACAUUCCUCUGGGAGGAAGCAGUCAGGGAAUGUCAGGAGAAUCUCCAGAAAGCUCUCAAGAGGCUGAGGAAGGAGCAGGAGAAGGUGGAGACAUUGGAAGCUGACAUCAAAGAAGACAGACUUUCCUGGAAGAGCCAGAUCCAGACUGAGAGACAAAGGAUACAAACCAGCUUUAAUCAGCUUAGAAGAAUCCUGGACAAGGAGGAACAGAGAGAGCUGAAAAGACUCAGGGAAGAGGAGCAGAUGAUACUAGACAGCCUGGCGGAGGCAGAGGCUGAGCUGGCUCAACAGAGCCAGUUGGUGGAAGAACUUAUCUUGGAUGUAGAGCGGCGGUGUGAGUGGUCAGAUACAGAGCUGCUGCAGGAUAUGAGUGGUAUCUUGAAAUGGAGUCAGAUCUGGACACUGAAGAAGCCAAAAGCAGUUUCUAAGAAACUGAAGAUGGUAUUCCAAGCUCCCGAUCUGAGUGGCAUGCUACAAAAGUUUAGAGAGCUAGGAGCUGUCCGGGCCUACUGGGACGACUUCACAUUUAAUCCAGAAAACCUAAAUUUGAAUCUUAUACUUUCAGAAGACCACAGACAAGUGACAUCUGUGUCCAUUUGGCCUUUUAAGUGUUGUAAUAACGGUAUCUUGGGCUCCAAGUGUUUCUCCUCAGGAAAACAUUACUGGGAAGUGGAUGUGUCUGAGAAAAAUGCCUGGACCCUGGGAGUUUACACUAGAAAACGAACUUUAAGGUUUGAUGUUAGACAACGCAAAAGUCAGCCAAAUGGUUACCACAGAUACAAACCACAGAAUGGUUACUGGGUUAUAGGGUUACAGCAUGGAUCAAAGUAUAGUAUUUUUGAGGAUUCUUCCAACUGUGACCCUACAGUUCUGAACCCCUUUGUGGCCAUCCCUCUCCAUCGGGUUGGGGUUUUCCUUGACUGUGAAGAGGGCAUAGUGUCCUUCUUCAAUGUCACCAACCAUGGGUCACUCAUUUACAAGUUCUCCCAAUGCUGCUUUUCCCAACCUGCCUUUCCAUACUUCAAUCCUUGGGACUGCCCAGCCCCCAUGACCCUGUGUCCUUUGAACUCCUGAGUUGUCUCAUUCUCAUCCAUUUCUGGUCUUACUUCUUGCCUUGAUGCUCACCUUCUGGAUGUAAUUGUGCUGUUCAGGCAUCUCUUCCCAUGGUCUACCUUCUGUCAUACUUGGAUGUGGUAUAUCUGGCAUCAUUUAGAAGAGAUGCUUACCAUUUACUCUAGCUCAUAUUCUCAAAAAAGCCUAAAGCUAGGAUAAUAUCCGUGCCCUCUGACUUCCAUAUUUCCCUUUGUCUUAAAGAAAGGUGACAAAGUCUAUUAGCCACUACUCAUCCUUGUUGUUUAAGACAAUCCAUAAGAACUGACUCCUGACCACAACUAAUGAAUUUUUAACACUAUGUCACUCUCAGGAUACCUCAUGUUCAACAAGAAGUCAAGGAAUAGAAAGUAUGAAUAGCAACACAUAACCUAGAGUUGAGGUUAUGCCUAGUAUACAAAUUCAAAUGCUGCCUCUUACAAACUAAUCAAUUCUGAGGUUCUUAAACUGAAAAUUGAAGUGCAUUUGACUUAUGAUUGUUGUAUGAAACUAGAUAUGUGUAAAUAUAAAAUACCCAUUUAACUGUUGUACAUAAUAAUAUAUGGGCCUAUAGCCCAUUGUACUCAGUGGAAUAUUUUGUGGAAUAUUUGGAGUACUAUAAAUACCUGUUGUCUUUAAAUGCUAGUUUGUCUUCCUUGCCAGUUUGGUUUUAUAUGCAUAAUCUCAUGUGGAGUAUGUCUGAUUUUUUUUUUUUAAAAAAGGGUUGGUCUUCACUCUUGUUCUAAAUUACUACAAUUCACUUGCAGCUAA